AUGCGUGCUAAAGCUUUCAUCAAUGUGGUCCCAUCCACCGCCCAAAUGGACCCAUCAUCUGUCCUCGAUACUGGGGGUUUCGCUCUCGCAUAUGAACACUAUAAACAAAGUAGUGCUGACGAAAGUCAACCCAUUUGGAUGAUUCCAGAGAGCAUUGGUUUCCUCUACGCAAGAAUGAACGUUCCUGCAGAUGAGAGGACGUUUGAAGUGGAGGAGGUGGAUGGCGAUAUAUGCUUACCUGCGACCAAAUUUAAAGUGGGUGGUCCUUACGAGGAGAACCUGAUAACCCUCGAUAUUGCUGAUUAUCCUUCGUUUUGUGUUAUGUUGCCUCUGUCUGAGGAAGGCAUUCAGAUGUGCAUUCGCGGUCUGCCUAAUUCCAGCUCAUACACCGACAAGUGUUUCCAUGUUAUUAGGGCAAGUGAUUCCUGA